CUCUCUAAAGUCUCCGACUUGGUUUUGUCUCGAGCUUUUUUUCGCACGCGAAAAGUUUGGAAAUUUAAUUAUUUAUCAUACGAAGGUUUUGCUGCCUCACGAUUUGAUCUCGAGGGUUUCUGGUUUGUCUGCCGUCUCAAUUCCAGAUUCAAGGGCUCACGGAUCAUUGGGAACUCCGAAUUGGGGGAGGGAGGGAUUUGAAAUCUAUAGAUUGCUUCUUUCCUGUCGAGCUGGCAUCUGAGGUCGAGGUUUCAAGCUCCUUCCUGUUUGAUUCUGAAGUUAAUUUCCGUGGAGGAGUUUGAAACUCGGCUUGUGACGACGAUUCCAGCUAUAGGAGCUCCAAAUGGUCUUGCAAAAGCGUUGUAUUUAGUGGAAACUCUUGCCAAAAAAAAAGCAAUGGUUGAAAGUGCUGCCUUCCCCGGAGGUUACUACAGGAACGCUUUCGAAGCUCCUGAUGAAUCAUCACAGGGCUCUGGAAGCUCCGCUCAGAUUGAUACCGAGGUCACUGCAUCUCAGAACUCAACCACUCCUGCACGAAAGCGUAUUAAUCUGAACCCCGACGAUGAGGAUCCUUACGGUGUCCGGAGACAAGUCAUUCCCUUGUACAACAUGUCACAAUCCGAGAGGAAAGAGCUGAUCCAUCGUCUUAAAGAGGAGCUGGAGCAGACAAAGAUCGUUCUUAAAAACGCUGAGUUGUUGAACGUUAGGUCUAUUACAUCUCGUGGAUGGAACCGUGGCUCCUCGGGGAAGUUUGAGUCGCUCCCCGACACGGCGCUGAUGAAGCAAUGCGACACGCUGCUGAAGAAGCUCUGGUCUCAUCCCCAUUCUUGGGUGUUCCAGGCGCCUGUCGAUGUAGUGAAACUGAACUUACCUGACUAUCUCACCAUCAUCAAACAUCCCAUGGACUUGGGGACAGUGAAGAAGAACUUAGCCUCUGGUUUAUACUCAAGCCCACAUGAGUUUGCUGCUGAUGUGAGGCUUACAUUCACCAACGCAAUGACGUAUAACCCUCCAGGACAUGAUGUUCACAUCAUGGCGGAUAUACUUAGUAAACUGUUCGAAUCUCGGUGGAAAGCUAUAGAGAAGAAGUUACCAGCAGUUACAUUAGAACCCAGUGAGGAAAGGAGAACUGCUAUCUCUGUCCCUCCCUCGAAGAAGAGGAAGAUGGCUUCACCCGUUAGAGAGACGGCAGAGGAGAGGCAUAGAUUGGGGAGACAACUCGAGUCUCUACUUGAGGAGCUUCCUGCACAGAUCAUAGACUUCUUGAAGAAACACAGCUCAAGUAGAGGAGAAGUUGCGGAAGAAGAUGAGAUUGAGAUAGACAUUGAUGUUCUCGGUGAUGAAGUGCUGCUCGCUCUUCAAAAGCUUAUGGAUGAAUAUGUCAAAGGUAAAGAAGCGAAGCAGUCGGGUGUAGAACCUCUUGAUAGACCGAGCAAUUCGUCUCUCCAACGAGGUGGAAGUCAGAUUCUGAAUGAAAUGGCUGUUGAGUAUGUCGGUGGGAACGAACCUCCAAUCUCAGGAACCUCCAGUGAUUCAGAGUCUAGUAGCUCGGAAGAUCAAUCUGAUGACGCUAAACCAAUGAUCCAAGAGAGUUCUUCCAAGAUACCUGAAACUGCAAAUGCUGAGGCGCAAAGAGAUGAAGAUGAGAGAAUAGAUGAUCUUCUUGAAGAAUCUGCUGGUGCGCCGGAGCAGCAAAAGCCUAGUUCUGAUGAAUCAGAUAGCCAACAUGAUGGGAACAUAUUAGAGACUCCGGCUCCAUCUGAGAAGCAAUAUAGAGCUGCGCUGUUGAAGAACAAGUUUGCAGAUAUCAUUCUAAAAGCACGCGAGAAAACACUUCCACAGAAUAGUAAUAAGGGCGACCCUGAAAAGCUUCGUAAGGAAAGAGAAGAACUCGAACUGCAGAUGAAGAAAGAGAGAGCACGGCUACAAGCUGAGGCAGAGGCUGCUGAAGAUGCGCGUCGCCAAGCUGAAGCAGAGGCGGCUGCGGAAGCUGCUGCUGAGUCUAAGCGUAAGAGAGAGCUCGAAAGAGAAGCAGCUCGCCAAGCUUUAUUAAAGAUGGAGCAAACUGUGGAGAUCAACGAGAACUCGCGGUUCCUAGAGGACCUAGAGAUGCUGAGUUCAAGUGCACCAGAGCAAUUACCUAGCUCAGUUGAUGAAACCAGCCCCGAGAGAGGUUUGGACGCCCUUGGAAGUUUCAACUUCAGAGGAAUUAACCCUCUUGAGCAGCUCGGGCUGUACAUGAAACAAGAUGAUGAUGAAGAAGAACCUGAGGCUCCUCGUGCUGUUCCAAAGCUAGCUACCGACGUGGAAGAAGGUGAAAUCGAUUGAAAAAGAAAAAAAAAAUGUAUAUAGAUAAUAUAUACAUUGUAUAAAAACAAUAGCCAGGGCAGGUUUAGUCUAAGGUUUAUGAUGUUUUCCAAUGUUGUCAUAAGUUUAUAUGAAAGGUCUUUUGAGAAA